AAGAACACUGAGACGGGAAACCGGAAUAUUUUGACUUUUCUACUUUAGUAACUUUGUCACAACGCAGGCGUUUCAAGAAACAGAAAAUAUGAAAGCAAGACUCUUGUUCUAGUACAGAAGAAGAAGCGCAAUUUUUAAUAUUUCAUGGCAGGGCAGAUAGAAGUGAUGCACAUUCAGCCGUGAAGCUCAACGAACCAGUGUAAAUGCGCCCUCAAUUAUAUCCAGACAGUGUUCUGAUAUCAUUAACAAAUACACUGAAAUAAAAAAAUGCCAAAACAGCCAUAUACAUUGAAUCGCAAGAUAUAGAAUCUCAAAAUCCAGACAAAGUUUUUACAUUGAUCAGAGAGUGCCCUACAUAUGGCUGUAGACAUGGACAUAUCUGUUCCUUUGGAGAACAUGGAUAACAACAGCAUUGGCGACGUGGCCCGUAAUUGGCAGGCAUUUUGUGAGGUUACAAAAAACGUACUUCAUUUUGAAGAUAUGGGCUCUUCUCGGGCAGUUUUUAUUGAUUCUGUUAAAGCGCUAAUAAGUCACGGAUUGGGAUCUCUGGUGGAGGAUUAUUUUCUGCAAGCUCUCGAGGAAAUGUAUAAGGAAACACAUGCUUUGACCUUUUGGCGACAUUUUGAUGAAUAUAUCAAGCUUGGUGUCUCACAGAAUAAUUGUCAAGGGAGCAAGCUAAUUGAUGAUUGGGCAGAAGAAACUCUCUCUAAAGCUUUGGAAGAGAUAUGUAUGGCGAAAUGUUUACAGGAGAAAUGUCUUGCUGUUUUACAGCAUACAUUGCAGUCGUGUACAGAGAGCACAUUUUUAAGAAUUCCAAAAGUUACAGGUUAUGGUGCAGAUAUCCUUUCAAGAUACCAGUCAAUGGUUUCAUCAGUUUUGCUCACUACUCUUCCAAAGCAUUUCUCAGAGGUAUUGCAUUUGUAUUUCAAAGCACGGUUGGAAGAGUUCACAGAAGCAGUGGAGAAGAAGACAGACGAAACAAAUCAAAGGGACAGUAUAGAGGAUAAUGAAAUGGAAACCAUUCAAAAUAGUUCUUCUGGUUUGAUAGAUGAAAUGGAGGUGGAUGAUGCAAAUGAACCUGAAACAUGCGGUGAAUAUGGUGAAGUAAUUUCUAAGACAUGGAUUUCAAAGGUUGGCCAUAUUGUGCAUAACCUCAGGGAGCUUGGAUUCUCAUCAAUGACUGAAGAUGCCUAUGCAUCUGCUAUCUUCUCUCUUUUAAAGACAAAGGUUCAUUAUUUAGCAAGGGAGGAUCAUCUGACAUCUGUGCUGGAACCUAUCAGAAAAUGGAUUCAGGCUGUCCCUCUUCAGUUUCUACGUAUAGUUCUACCUUACUUGUGUGUUCCAUCCAAUGCGGAUAAGAACGGGGAUCCAUCUGCUCGCACGUCACCUCUAGCUUCAUGUCCUUUAUUGUGGUUCAAUGGAAGAGAAACUGCAUCCGAAAGAAUUACUAGAUGGCAUUUACGACUUGAAUAUUUUGCAUAUGAAACUUUGCAAGAUUUGCGAAUUGACCAACUAUUUGAUAUUAUUAUAGACUAUCCUGAGAGUGAAGAUGCCAUAAAGGAUUUAAAACAGUGCUUGGAUAAUACUGGACAGCAUGCAAAACUGGUUGAAUCAUUUCUAUCUGCAUUACGUUAUCGUUUACUUAUUGCUGGUGCAUCAACCAAUGACAUAUUAGAACAAUAUGUUUCAACUAUAAAAGCUCUUCGAACUAUGGAUCCAACCGGUGUAUUCCUUGAAGCAGUUGGACAGCCAAUCGGGGAAUAUUUGAGAGGAAGGAAAGAUGCCAGCAAAUGUAUUGUAGCGAUGCUUACUGAUACCACAGGAGGUGAGAACAGUUCAGGAGAUGUAAAUGAAGGUAUUAGCCUGCUUGAGGAACUGAGCAGAGAUACGGCUAAUCGUGAAAAUGGAGAUAGCGAUGAUGAUUAUAAUGCAGAGGAUGAGAAAUCUUGGGCUGCAUUCGAGCGUUGGGAGCCUGAUCCUGUGGAGGCAGAUCCAUCCAUAGGAAGCAGGAUUAGGAAGCCAGUUGAUAUUCUGGGUAUGUUGGUUGGUAUAUUUGGGUCUAAAGAGCAGCUUAUAAAUGAAUAUUGCAAUAUGUUGGCUGAAAAAUUAUUGAACAAAAUUGAUUAUGAUGUUGAGCGUGAGACCCGAACUCUCGAGCUGUUUAAGAUACUUUUUGGAGAAGGAAGCAUGCAAAGAUGUGAAAUUAUGAUCAACGAUUUAACUGCCUCAAAAAGAACUAAUGCAAAUAUCAAGACUACUGUAAAACAGAGAAAUCAACAUGAAGACCAACAGAAUAAACUUGAAGAAGACAAGCUAUCGCUAGAUGUAGUUGAUGCAACAAUUCUUUCUUCAUGCUUCUGGCCGACAUCACAGGCAGAAAGUAUCAUUAUCCCAAAGGAGGUUGAUGAACUGCUUGAAUAUUAUGCUAAUGAAUUUCAUGUACUAAAGGCCCCUCGGAAGAUCAUAUGGAAGAAGAAUCUUGGAACUGUCAAGUUAGAGUUGCAAUUUGAAGAUCGAUCUGCUGAGUAUGUGGUGUCUCCAAUUCAUGCGAGUAUUAUCAUGCAGUUCCAGAAGCAUCCCAGCUGGACUGCUAAGAAUCUUGCUAUAGCUGUUGGGAUACCAGUGGAUACUCUUUGCAGGCGAAUCAGUCUGUGGGUAAAUAAGGGUAUUUUGGUGGAGGCACCAGGAGCAACAAACGAUGAACAUACCUACACCAUUGUAGAGAAUAUAGGUGAAGCUAGCCAUAGUGAUGUCGACACUAGAGGGGUUGAAGCUGCAUUCAUUGGAGAGGAGGAAGGAGAAGCUUCUGAUGAGGACCAAUUGCAAACAAAAAAUUUAGUUGUGUAUGAGUAUUUUGUUAAAGGGAUGCUGACCAACUUCUCGUCUCUGAAGCUUGAAGAAAUUCAUAAGAGGCUUAGUGAUCAUUCUCAUGGAUUUUAUGUGUAUGACCUAUCACUACAUCAGCUGCAAAUGUUUUUGUCUCGUCUUGUAUCGGAAGACAAGUUUGAAGUUAAUGAUGGAGAAUACAGGUUAAGGAAGCAAUAGAAGUUAAUGAUGGACAAUACAGGUUACGGAAGCAAUAGAAGUUGAUGAUGAGUACAGGUUAACUAAGCAAUAGAGAAUGAUGGAGAAUACGAGUUAAGGAAGCAAUAGUGACUAUAACUGUUUCUUUGCUUGAAUGUAUGGGAAAGUAUCUCCUUACCGUUGCUUCUAGCAAGACUAAUCUAACUAAACAGAAUAUAAUAAGGGAAAGGAGGCUGGAUUGUACAUUUCCAUUUAUUCAAAUCAGAAUAUUUUGUUGAAUAUGGUUGAGAAAAUAGGUUUGAUUGCAUGUUUCGUUAUAUUUCUGGUUUUUGGAAUUGAAGAGAUGGUAUAAAUCAUUCUGGUCAAGCAGUUAAAGUUUUGAGCUUUUAUGCAAGUGGAUGUAUGGAUGUUCAACUUACAUUGCAACAUUAUCUCAACUAUGAUAGUAUUUUGCAAUAGAUUCUAGAAUGAAGCAUUUAAUA